AUGAGAGAGUACAAAGUGGUGGUGCUGGGCUCGGGCGGCGUGGGCAAGUCCGCGCUCACCGUGCAGUUUGUGACGGGCUCCUUCAUCGAGAAGUACGACCCCACCAUCGAGGACUUCUACCGCAAGGAGAUUGAAGUGGACUCGUCGCCGUCGGUGCUGGAGAUCCUGGACACGGCGGGCACCGAGCAGUUCGCGUCCAUGCGGGACCUGUACAUCAAGAACGGCCAGGGCUUCAUCCUCGUCUAUAGCCUCGUCAACCAGCAGAGCUUCCAGGACAUCAAGCCCAUGCGGGACCAGAUCAUCCGCGUGAAGCGGUACGAGCGUGUACCCAUGAUCCUGGUGGGUAACAAGGUGGACCUGGAGGGCGAGCGAGAGGUCUCGUACGGCGAGGGCAAGGCCCUGGCCGAGGAGUGGAGCUGCCCCUUCAUGGAGACGUCGGCCAAAAACAAAGCCUCGGUGGACGAGCUGUUCGCAGAGAUCGUGCGGCAGAUGAACUACGCGGCGCAGCCCAACGGCGACGAGGGCUGCUGCUCGGCCUGCGUGAUCCUCUGAGGCGCCCGCGGCUGCCGCGCGCCGGCCGCGCUCUGCGCACAAAAGCCAAACGCACCCGACUCUCUAAAUGUGAUUUCUCUUCUUGCUUUGAGAUUGGAGACGACUUUGCAUUGGCCGGGGUGUCCCGGGAGCCCGGCUGGCCUCUGCGGCCGGCAUCCCCUGCCUCCGUCCCGUGUCCGAAGGGGUGUCCCGUCCUCACCAUCCGACACCCGGUGGAAAUGUGGCUCUUGGAAGCAUGUACGUUUCUCAUUGAUUUUGGUUGACGCAUAUUUCCCCCAUUUAAAUGCCGUUAGGGCGCUGUAUUGGCAGCUUGACACCGGCAAGCGAAAGUUUCAGCGUGGAAAAAAAAAAAUGGGGUGGGGAGGAAGAGUACGAGGAGGAGGUGGAAAGGGAGGGGGGAUUCCCCCCCCCCCAACAACCCUUUUCUAGUUGCAAGUUUUAAAUACCUGGAAGGAAGUCCGGGAGAACCAAAUGAAGGAGCAGGAGGAAGGAAGAAACUUUUGGUUUUUUCCUUGUUUUCCAGGAGUAGCUGGAAAUUAAGAUGGGGUUCCUUUUCUGCCAGCUUGGAAGGGCAGCCCUGUGACUGAUUGUGAUUCUAAGGAUGUCUAUGCAAAGUUGGAUUCUUGUUACAGUGUAUCCAAUCUGAAGUAUGCACAUCUGAACUGGGACUGUAAACACUGAUGCCAAUACAGUGUGGGGUGCCAGAAAGUGUCUGCUGAUAUUUGUGGGAAAAAAAAAAUCUAUUUUGUUUACCUACUGUAUCAAAGGGGAGUCUGGGGGAGAACGGUAGUAUUUUUUUUUUAAUCAGCUGUGAAAAAAAAAAUGUUACAGAUCUGCACAUUUUUGUGUGUACUAUUGUGUGCCUGUGUGUGUGUGUGAUUUUUUUCUUUUUCUUUCUUUUUUUUUUUUUUUUUUUUUGAGUUUAGCUUUUUGUUCUUUUUGGUUGGCAGUGACAGGUUUUGAUGACUAGCUCUUUAAAAUACAGUACAAAGACUUCAAAAAUGUGAUUCAGGGCCCCCAGCACCCCUGUGUCUGCAGAGUGCCUUCAAAACUCAGCUGUUCAGCCGGUGCCAACCUGUGAACUUCCCACCAUAUCCCAGAAUCUGCUAUUCCCCAAACCACUUCCUAGUUUCCUUUCUGUAAUCUUCCUGAAGGAGCCAGGACAAUAGGGCCUGUUGUUUGGUGAAUUUCUUGAUUAUUUCCAGCCUUUAAAAUGUAAUUUCCAUGUCUUGCAAUGGGCUUCCCCCCCCUUCUUUCUUUCUUUUUUAUUUUGCUUCAUUUUGUUCAAAUGUUCAGGUAUUUAGCUCCCCUUUUUUAUUAUUUUUUUUUUAAUUUUUGGUUAUCAGUUCUAGGGUGUUCCUCCAGAAGCAAAGAGCAAAAUUUUACUGUUGUGAUGUACCAAGAGAAUUCUAACUAACUGUAAUUUUUAAUUCCAGACACGCGUUUAAUCAUUGUCUCUUCAUUUUAAGACUUUUAAUACAAAUGUCAUUUUUAAAGAAAC